GCUAAAAUAAAAAGAAAAAACCGCCUGAGGAGAGAUGCCUCGAGUCAGACAGGAGGAGGUCCAUCAAUUUAUGAAGAAUUGUCAGAAAUGGAUAUAAAGUUCCUGUCCAUUUUAGGAGCUGACUAUGGUUCUGGAUUACCUGGUGUACAAAUGCAACCAAUUCUGAUAGAAGAACCGCAACCUGCUGCUUACAAUCCUUCCCAACACAGCACCAGUGAAGGAAGAAGUGAGGAGGCAGUUUGGUUAAAUGUUGACUUAGAAGGAAAUAGUGAUGAUCUUACUACUGCAGUAUCGAGACCUAGUGAUACUGGUACAAAUACCGACAGUGGUACAACCCAGAUCAUAGAAGUACCAUCGACAUCAUCAGCCCAUAUUAUGGUGACAGAAAGAAUAGAAUCACCAAGACCAUCAACAUCAUCCAUUGAUAUGCAGAGCAAUGUCCCAUCGGGCAUUACUCAAUUUGUUGAAGGAAGGGAAGUACCAAGAAGGAGGCGUCGAUUGCGACGACGUCACGUGUCCAUUGCAGAGGCAAGGGAGCAGUUGGUGGCAACUUCCAGGUCACGAGCAGAAGCAGAGUUAGCCAACAGUCGUUCUAUAGAACAGGCUGUUGGUAUACUCAAAGAAAUGUUGGAUGUAAUGAAAAGGAUAUGCCCAAGGUCAGUAAUAAGAAUAGAAUGGUAUAUUUUUUUUUCAAAUAAAUUAAUUAUGUAUUUUGAAUAAUAACUUUAUAAUUUAUAUCACUUAAUUUAGAAAACAAUUUUAGCUGAGAAAUAUAGGCAAAAAAAUUAGAUGUUAAUCUUUUCAAACAAAAAUAGAAUACAAUAGAAAUAAUCUUCAUUCAUUUAUUUAAACAAUAAUUUCAAACUAGAAGCACAC